GGUGCCGGUGCGGCCGUUCCCCCUCCGUAGCGGGAGGCGAGGCUCCGAAGCAGCCCCCUCCUGUGCCAGGGCCGAGCUCCCCCACCCCGUUCCCGGUGGACCCCGGGGCAUGAGCAACGAUGGCGGGCUGCAUCCCCGAGGAGAAAACUUACCGGCGCUUCCUGGAGCUGUUCCUGGGCGAGUUCCGCGGACCGUGCGGCGGCGGCGAGCCGGAGCCCGAGCCCGAGUCGGAGCCCGAGCCCGAAGCGGAGCUGGUCGCGGCUGAGGCGGCCGAGGCUUCGGGGGAGGAACCCGGGGAGGACGCUGCGACAGGAGCGGCGGCCGAGGAGGGGGAGCAGGACCGAGACCCCGAGCCCGAGGAGGAGGCGGUGGAGGAGGAGGCGGCGGCCGAGGGCGAGGAGGUGGAGGAGGAGGAAGCGGCGGCCCCGGGGCACUCGGCCGUGCCGCCGCCGCCGCAGCCCCAGCUGCCGCCGCUGCCCCCGCUCCCGCGGCCGCUGUCGGAGCGCAUCACCCGAGAGGAGGUGGAGGGCGAGAGCCUGGACCUGUGCCUGCAGCAGCUCUACAAAUAUAACUGCCCUUCCUUUCUGGCUGCUGCCUUAGCCAGAGCCACGUCAGAUGAAGUCCUCCAGAGUGACCUUUCUGCUCACUGUAUCCCAAAGGAAACGGACGGCACAGAAGGCACUGUGGAAAUUGAGACGAUGAAACUGGCCCGUUCGGUCUUCAGCAAGCUCCACGAGAUCUGCUGCAGCUGGGUGAAGGACUUCCCUCUGCGCAGGAGGCCUCAGAUUUAUUAUGAAACGUCAAUCCAUGCCAUCAAAAACAUGCGAAGGAAGAUGGAGGACAAGCACGUCUGCAUUCCUGACUUUAACAUGCUCUUCAACCUAGAGGACCAGGAGGAACAAGCUUACUUCGCAGUGUUUGAUGGCCACGGGGGAGUGGACGCUGCCAUUUAUGCCUCUGUUCACCUACACGUUAACUUAGUGCGCCAGGAGAUGUUCCCCCAUGAUCCUGCUGAGGCUCUCUGCCGGGCCUUCCGGGUCACGGAUGAGCGGUUUGUGCAGAAGGCAGCCAGGGAGAGCUUACGAUGUGGUACCACAGGAGUAGUGACUUUUAUCAGAGGCAACAUGCUCCACGUGGCAUGGGUGGGCGAUUCCCAGGUUAUGCUUGUGAGGAAGGGCCAAGCUGUUGAACUAAUGAAACCACACAAGCCAGACAGAGAGGAUGAAAAGCAGCGAAUUGAGGCCCUUGGAGGUUGUGUAGUUUGGUUUGGUGCCUGGAGGGUGAAUGGAAGUCUGUCAGUCUCCAGAGCUAUCGGAGACGCUGAACACAAGCCAUAUAUCUGUGGAGAUGCAGAUUCUGCCUCCACUGUUCUGGAUGGGACUGAAGACUACCUCAUUCUGGCCUGUGAUGGCUUCUAUGACACCGUGAACCCUGAUGAGGCAGUAAAGGUUGUGUCUGACCACUUGAAAGAAAAUAACGGAGACAGCAGCAUGGUUGCCCACAAAUUAGUAGCAUCCGCUCGUGAUGCUGGGUCAAGUGAUAACAUCACUGUUAUUGUGGUAUUCCUGAGGGACAUGAACAAAGCUGUAAAUGUUAGUGAGGAAUCAGAUUGGACAGAGAACUCUUUUCAAGGAGGGCAAGAAGAUGGUGGGGAUGAUAAGGAGAAUCAUGGAGAGUGCAAACGCCCUUGGCCUCAGCACCAGUGCUCAGCACCAGCCGAUCUAGGCUAUGAGGGGCGCGUGGACUCAUUCACUGAUAGAACUAGCCUCAGCCCAGGGCCCCAGAUCAACGUGCUGGAAGACCCAGACUACCUAGACCUCACACAGAUAGAAGCAAGCAAACCUCACAGUACCCAGUUUUUGCCACCAGUUGAGAUGAUUGGUCCUGGUGCACCAAAGAAAGCAGAUCUUAAUGAGCUAAUAAUGGAGGAGGAAAAAUCAGUCAAGUCAUCAUUGCCUGAACGGAGUGGUGCUGGAGAGUUUCUGGCUUCUUUUAAUUUGGGUUCAACAGGGCAACAGAUAUGCAGAAUGGAGAGCUUGUCUCCUGUUUGUCCUGGGUUGGAAAAUGAACAGUUCAAAUCCCUGGGGAAAGCAGCGUCUAGAUUGUAUCGUUUACGCCACCACUACUCCAAAAGGCAGCGUGUAUUCAGGUUUAAUCCAAAGUUUUAUUCAUUUCUUUCUGCUCGAGAGCCUUCUCACAAAAUAGGUGUUAGCCUCUCCUCACUCACUCGAAGUGGGAAGAGAAACAAGAUGUUACGAAGUUCUUUGCCAUGGAGAGAAAAUAGUUGGGAAGGAUGCAGUGGAAACAUGAAGAUUAGAAAGCAUAAUGAUAUUCCAUGCCCAGACCUUCCCUGGAGCUAUAAAAUAUAAGACUUUUUCUUCAAUGUAGGCUAGCUAGGCUCUCUCAAAAAUAUAACUAUCAGAGUAGAAACACGGUAGACAUUUUUAACAUUCAUGUGCUUCAUUAUGAAUCCACGGAUGGCUCAAUCCUUAAGUGUACAUAGAUCUUUAGGAAACUCAAAAUAGUGUUUUCAAUCUUAAAAAAGUAUUGGCGGUUUCACUA